AUGGCCAGCAUCAAGGCCAUAGAGCAUCGCUCCGUACAUCACAUCCAGUCGGGACAAGUCAUUGUCGACCUCCAGAGCGUGGCCAAGGAGCUCGUGGAGAAUGCCCUCGACGCUGGCGCCACAUCCAUCGACAUACGCUUCAAGAAUCAGGGACUAGAUUCCAUUGAGGUGCAGGAUAACGGCAAAGGCAUCGCGCCAGACGACUACGAUACCAUUGCUCUUAAGCAUUUUACGUCAAAGCUAUCGAGCUACGACGACCUGACGUCUCUCAACACCUUCGGCUUCCGUGGCGAAGCAUUGUCCUCGCUAUGUGCCCUGUCCAAGUUUCAUGUCUUGACUGCUCGCGCGGAAGAUGGCGCAGUCGGCAAGAGACUCGACUUUGAAGUGUCUGGCAAGCUCAAGAGCACUUCCGUCUCUGCCGCCCAGAAAGGCACCACCGUGUACGUCGAAGAUAUCUUCUACAACCUUCCCGUCCGCCGAAAGGAGCUCGAAAAGAACAUCAAGCGCGAAUACACCAAAGUGCUCAAUCUUCUGUAUGCCUAUGCCUGUGUCAGUGUUGGUGUGCGCUUCUCCGUCAGCAACACCAUGCCAAAGGGCAAGAAGGUAACAGUCUUCUCCACCAAAUCCAACACCACCACCAAGGAGAACAUCACAAAUGUCUUUGGCGCCAAGUCUUUAUUAGCCUUGGUGAAGCUGGAUUUGCACCUCGAGAUGGCUCCUAGUAUUGGCCCAGCCUCGCAAAGUGCACGGAAUUGGUCCACUCAGGCUACCGAUCGCGAGAUGGAGGUCCGUGUGCAAGGUCACAUCUCAAAGCCUAUUUUCGGCGAAGGUCGUCAGGCUCCAGAUCGUCAGAUGUUCUUCGUCAACGGCAGGCCAUGUCAACUACCUCAAAUCCUCAAGGCUUUCAGGGAAGUUUACAAGAGCUUCAAUGUAUCGCAAGAGCCGUUCAUCUUCGCGAAUUUGGUCAUGAACACCAAUGCAUAUGACGUCAACGUCAGUCCUGACAAACGAACGAUUAUGCUGCACGACCAGACGGCAAUGAUUGAGAGUUUGAAGGAAGCCCUUAGAAAGCUAUUCAAUGAAACCGAUCACACAGUGCCUCAGUCCACCUUGCCCAACCGCAAACUGCCAUCGUACCAGCCCCUCACAUUGCGGAAGCCAGACAAUGCAGAUACCACGACGCCGGAAAGUGGGCCGGAACCGGAAGGGAGCGACGAUGAAAUUGACAGCUCUGCUUCAUCGCUAGAGUUGCAUGGCAUUAUUGGUGCGAACUCUGUCAGCUCGCCAUCUAAUCUUAUUCAUAAUUGGGUUGGCAGGGAUGCGGAGCCUCGAAAAGAGGCGAGACCCAGGAAUGGCGACCCGCCCCCGCAACCAGAUCGUCAGGUUCGAGACUUCAAUGCUGCCAUGGAAAUAGCGCACGAGAACGGAAUGCGGAAAUCUCAUGAGCACAGUAUGGCUUCUGGCGUGGCACAACAACCUUCAAUUCCAGCGUUAACACCAGGGACGCAGAAAUUACCAAACGGUCCAGUCAUCAAUGCUUUUGAGCGUAUGCGACCUAGAAGAACCCCUCAUCAGGUUGCCGAAAUCACCAUCGGCGACGUUACGACGAUGACUGUGAUAGGAACUAGUCCGCCGUACAAGAAGAUGCGGCUCCACCAGCCUGAAGAUUCACAGCGGGUUGCGCAGUACGGAGCAAGUCCAUCACUUGCCCGCGGCUUAAGAAAGAAUUUUGCUGCGCCUGGAUCCCAGCUUAAGCUGGAAUUCGAGAAUAGUGCUGCAACUGCAAGCCCUGACGAAGAUGAUGACCUUGCCAGUCUAGCAUCUGAGAGCAGAGAUCAUGAUGACCCACCAGAGCUACCUGGCGACUCCGUCGAGGCGGCUCAAGAUGUUUCCUUUACGAGACCGUUGCUGCCUAAUUUGGCGUCGGAUGUCCUCGAUGACUUGACUCCUGGAGAUGCUAAUGACGAUCCAUGGGACGAUGAGUAUGUGGACGAAGAUGAAAAGAAGCUCAGGGAGGACGAGAGGGUAGCCCGCAUAAUACAGCAAGCGGAAGAAUCUGCCGCGAGACCAACGGAGGACAAUCUUAAACGAGCGAAGCAAAUGCUUAAGAACGGCGGCAAUCGGAAAGACUCUACUCUACAUCUCGAAGCGACUGUGAAGGUUGACGCUGAUAAGAUCAGAAAGCAAGUCGAGAGCUUCGCGGCAACAUCAAUACAGGUCUGUGAGACUCGCGAUGGUGACAAUGCCCUCGUCAAGGAUGAGCUGGACGACGUAGCAGCUGAGAGCAGGCUGUCGCUGACCGUCACCAAGCCAGAUUUCGCCCGCAUGCGCAUCAUCGGGCAAUUCAAUCUAGGCUUCAUCCUUGCUGUCAGGCCUGCGGCCGAGCCUGGUGAUGACGACGAUUUGUUCAUCGUUGACCAGCAUGCAGCUGAUGAGAAAUACAAUUAUGAGCGUCUGCAGCGUACAGUCACACUGCAAUCGCAGCGUCUUGUUAGACCAAAACCAUUACAACUUACAGCAACUCAAGAGGAGGUCGUUUUGUCAAACGGUGAUGCAUUAAAGGCCAACGGCUUCGAGAUCGAGACGACAUCGACUGUUCACGACUCUGAUGAGCCCGUGAUGACUGGCAGGCGCUGCCGUCUUCUCACACUGCCCAUGAGCAAGGAGAAGACGUUUGACUUGUCCGAUCUCGAGGAACUGCUUCACCUCCUAUCAGAGCAUCCAACUGGCUCACUGGACAUUCCUCGCCCAAGGAAAGUGCAGCGUAUGCUUGCGAUGCGUGCCUGCCGUAGCUCAAUCAUGGUUGGCAAGACACUUACCAUGGCACAAAUGGGCAAAGUCGUACGUCAUAUGGGCGAGAUGGAGAAACCAUGGAAUUGUCCACAUGGCAGACCCACGAUGAGACAUCUCGCUGGUCUGAAUGCAUGGUCGUCUUGGAAGGAAGAUGAU